AUGGGUCAUGUUGUCAGAAUUUCAUGUCUUGUCUUGAUCAUCUUUUGCUCCUUACCCUUCCAAUCCCCCACAGAAGCUAGGAUUGGAGGAUUCACCAUUGAGAUUAUUCCUCGUCACUCAAAGCUCUCUCCAUUCUAUAAUCAUUCUGUUACACUUAGAGAUCGAUCAAGGAGUGAUGCCUUUCGAUCCAUUGCACGGGCAAAACGCUUCCAUUCAUCUUCCUUAGACACUAAAUACAUUGAAUCUACCAUAUUUCCAGAUGGGUCAUAUACCAAUGGAGUCUUGGCUGUUGACAUCUUCAUCUUCGAUUCCACCGAUGGCCAACGUGUUGCUUUGACCAACGCGAUGUUUGGCUGUGGGCACAACAAUGGUGGCAACCUUGGCUCUGGACUCGUAGGCCUCGGGGCGGGACCACUAUCCUUGAUUUCUCAACUGGGUCGUAACAUUGAUUAUAGAUUCUCAUACUGCUUACCCGUAACGAACUCCGCCAGUAAACUCAAGUUUGGAGGAGAUGCAAUUUUGUCAGGGCCUGGAGUCGUUUCAACCCCCUUAACAAUUUAUAGCUCAGACACUCUGUACCAUUACUAUCUCACUCUCGAAGGUGCAAGCGUAGGGAACAAGAAGAUAGUAAAUAGUCAGACGGCCUCCAAUGAAGGAAAUAUUAUAAUCGACUCCGGGACAACCCUAACUAUGCUGGAAUCAAGCUUUUAUAAUGAUCUGGAAGCUGUGUUGAGGGAAACAAUUAGUUUGGAGACAAUCCGAGACCCAGACGGAAAUUACCACUUGUGUUAUGAUCAACGUUCAUUUAGCAAUAUCCCAGAGAUGACAGUGGUGUUUCAUUUUAACGGAGCAGAUGUUCCACUCAAGAAAUUGAACGUGUUCAGACCCAUAUCCACAGAUUUGACUUGUCUAGCAAUGUUACCCACAAAAGUUCUAAGAAUUUGGUUUCUCCAAGCAUCUUCUCCUAUAAGAUCCUUGCUUGUAAUACUUGCCUGA